CGUGUCUCCGUUUUAGAGGAUACAAAAAGCCUCUUUCUUUUUCCCCUCUCCCUUUCCCUUUCCUUUUUAGAUGGAUGACAACACACCCAUGCCAGAGAGACUAGUAGAAUUCAAGUACGAUUUCACCACCGGCGGCGGCGGCGGAGUUGGUGGUAGUACUGGUGGGUCGAGCGAGGAAGCUGGUAGCGGCAUAGGCGGGUUCGUAAAAGAGCAAGAUCGACUACUUCCAAUAGCAAACGUAGGGAGAAUCAUGAAGCAAAUUCUUCCUCCAAAUGCCAAAAUCUCCAAAGAAGCCAAAGAAACUAUGCAAGAAUGCGUGUCGGAGUUCAUCAGCUUCGUCACGGGCGAGGCGUCCGAUAAGUGCCAUAAGGAGAAGAGGAAGACCGUCAAUGGCGAUGAUAUUUGCUGUGCCUUGGCCACGCUUGGGUUCGAUGAUUAUGCUGAGCCUUUGAGGAGGUAUUUGAUUAGGUAUAGAGAAAUUGAAGGGGAAAGAGCUCAACAAAAUAAGGGUUGUUGCAAUAACAAUGCUCAUGAUGCAUGAAACAACAUAAUUUUAAGGAUUUGGAGCAAAAAAAACACAACUUUCCUCUUUUAUUCUCACUUUUUUCAAUUGGGUUAUGGUUUUUAUUUGAUUUCUCACUUGAAAACUAAUGUGUUCUUAACUUUUCAACAAUUUAGGGUUUGGUUUGAGAUGUAUAAUUUGAUUUGUUCAUGUUCUUAAAUUGAUUCUAAGUU